GAGGUCACCAACUCUCUCCAAGCAGGGGGCGGCGGAAGGUGGCGCCAGCCUAAAUCGAAACGCGCUUUCUUUUCUACCUGAACCGUAAGCACGAUGCCGCCACGGGCGGCGGCGAAAUGUGACGGCGGCGUCCGAGCACACAAAAAAAAUCAUUGAAGCGGACGCCGUAUCUUGCCCCCACAGAGCUGUGAAGAGGCGAGUGAACGGGGAGCGAAAGAGGGCAAGAGGAUGAUAAUAUAGAUGAUGCCAACGGCAGUGACCCACUCUAGUGUCGGUGGUCAGCGUGCUUUGCAUUUCUGCAAGUCAGCACUGGCGCCACGAUCCACCAGAUCUUCUCAAGUGACCGACCACUUUAGAACAUUGGUCAACAGUGCUACUGCGCAACCUACGUCGCAUGAGACUCCAUCUGGCACGCAGGUCCAGGCUGUAAAGGGCGUGGCCGCCCUUUUUGACGUCAAUUUGGACGAGGUUGUGGUUGGCAUCCACCGACGCCGAGCUCCGCCCAAGCAGAGAUCACGUGCCGGCGUCGGCGCGAGAGAGGCGGUCGUGAGCAGACGGCGGGGCGCGCGCCAAGGCCCCGAAAAGCUCGCGCCGCGCGCAGAGCUGAGCACUUAGGCACACCCCUGCGCACAGGCACGGCCCUCCUCAUGUUGGGGCGCACAGAGGCAUACUCAUACUGUAUGUCCUCCUCGGAGGCGCGCGUCCGACCCGAACGUAUAGUAAACCCAUCUUGUAGUAUGCCGUUUCGCAAGCGGUGUGGCCAGAAAGCG